AUGCUUAAAUUAUAUAGACAAUUAUUCCAUGGUGUUGAAUAUGAAACCUAUUCCGAAGAUGAUUCUUAUACUAAAAUAAUUGAGAUUAAUGAUAAUAAGGCUGAUUCUGAGCAUGAUAUUUCUAAAGAUGAACAUGUGUCAAGAAGAAACAAUCAAGACUCAACCAGUUCAAAUUUCACUGUGGCGGUCACUGAUGUUUCAGUUGAAGUUGAAACUAUGCGAAGAGAUGAAUUUUAUUCAAAUUCACUAGGCUCCACUCCAGAAGAUAUGAUGUAUAGUAAAGAGAGCCUUACUCCAGUUAUUAAAAUGGACAAUGAAAUGUUACUUACGGAAAAAAUUACCCAAUUCGAUGAAUCAAUAACAGUACCGGUGCGAGAUACCGGAACAGCGUUAGAAUCAAACAAGACGCAAGAAAUGACAAUAAAUACUUCCUUACAACACUCAGAAAAUUCCGAGAAAUCUAAUAGCUGUCCUUUUAAAUGCGGCAGUUCUCAUAGCUAG